AUGCGCGCAUCCUUCGUGUCCAGCCUGGCGCUCGCGCCCCUGGCCCUCGCCCAGACCGUCAACAUCACGAAGACGGAGGACGUCGACCUGGCAGCCAAGACCGGCGAGCUGGGCUGGGGCGCCGACAACCUCGCGUUUGGUUACUCGGCGGGCGCAGGCCUCAACUUCUCAUCCGACUCUGUGGGAGGCGGCUUCAAUGCCGGAGUCCCAGGACAGUCCGAGGGAGCCCUGGGCGGCGGGUGGACGCUUACCAACUCGACAGUCGAGUUUGGCCUGGGCGGCGUGUUCAACAACCAGAGCUUCAACGUCGCAGUCACGGGUGACAAGGAGACCGGGCAGCUUACGGUCACGGUCAACGGCAAGACGGUUCCGCUGUGA